CAGCGCUCUUUUGCCCCUCCAUCCAAGGCCCAACGGAAGGGAUUAUCAAAUCCCCGGUUGUCUGUGUACAUUCUUCUGAUUGACUCACCCCCGCGGCCUGAUCUGCCUGAAGGUCGAUUGAAUGCGACCCCUUACGAACCUGAGGCUUUUUCCCUGGAAAACCCGCCCGCUUCGGUCUCCCUUCCCACGAGCCUUUUCGCAUUCCACCAUCAUGGCCUCCGUCGUGGUUCACAACUCGCUGAAGCCCGGCGGGCCAGUGCCUUUCGUGCCUAGGGAGGAGGGUAAGGUGUCGUGGUAUGCCUGUGGACCGACUGUCUACGAUAUCGGUCACCUGGGACAUGCGCGCAAUUAUGUCUCCACGGAUAUCAUUCGUCGCAUCAUGAUGCAUUACUUUGGUUACAACGUCAACUUCGUCAUGAACAUCACCGAUAUUGACGAUAAGGUACGUUUUGCGACUGACAAGCUCCUGUCUCUCUGACUAAGGUUCCAUUCGCUGUAGAUCAUCAUCAAGGCCCGCAGAAAGCGACUAUUCGACCUGGAGAAAAAGAAACCCUACACCCCCCAGGAAAGCCACAAGCUUGGACUCGAAGCGUUCCGCGCCUAUGCGACAGGCAACCUCCCUCUCCUCCAACCAUCGAAUGACCCCGUCGACGAGACCAACUACCAGACUCGCCGAGAUGCGGCCUACGCCCAAGUGCUGGCCGGCGGCACGUUGACCGGAGAGGGCAAACCAGGCGAUGCGGAGGCCAAGCUGAAAAUGCACAUCAACAACAUGGAUGCCGCGGCGCAGGGACUCAAGGAGGGCAAGGUGUUUGAAGGCGCGGAGGAGAUCCUUCUGCCUUACCUCGACUCUCUAUACAAGGAGACUAUCGACAUCAACGACCAGACUAUCUUUACGGAUCUCACACAGUCGAUGGAGAAAGAGUUCACGGCGGACAUGGAUGCGCUGAACGUUCUUCGCCCGGAUGCCCUCACGCGAGUCACCGAAUACCUUCCUCAGAUCGUCACCUUUGUCGAACGCCUCGUGCACAAGGGCUACGCUUACGAGUCGGAUGGCUCCGUUUACUUCGACAUCACCGCUUUCGAGAAGAAUGGCAACACCUACGCCCGGUUGCGCCCGGAGAGUAAGAACGAUAAGGCCUUGCAGGAGGAAGGAGAGGGUUCUUUAUCCAAGACACUGGGUGGUAAGAGGGGCGCCGGUGACUUUGCCUUGUGGAAGAAGUCGAAACCUGGCGAGCCCUACUGGCAGAGCCCGUGGAGCGACGGUCGCCCGGGCUGGCACAUUGAGUGUUCCGUCAUGGCGUCUGAUAAGCUUGGCGAGCAGAUGGAUAUCCACUCUGGCGGCAUCGAUCUCGCUUUCCCUCACCACGAUAAUGAGCUGGCUCAGAGUGAGGCGUUCCACCGCAGCGGCGCCUGUGAGCACACAUGGGUCAAGUACUUCCUGCACAUUGGACAUUUGAGCGUAUCCGGCGCCAAGAUGAGCAAGUCGCUCAAGAACUUCCAGUCGAUUCGCGCUGCCCUGGAGACGACGUACACGCCGCGUAAUAUGAGAAUCGUUUUCUUGCUGGGUCGCUGGAACGACGGUGUUGAGAUCUCGCCUGACAUGCGGAAGCACGCAGACGGUUGGGAGGCUACUCUCGAUAACUUCUUCACGAACAUCAAGGCUCGUUCCGCCGACGGAAUCGGAGCUCUGUCCUUGUCGGAUAAGACCGAUAACGAACUGACGGCGAAGCUCGACCAGGCUAAGAAGGACCUGGACGCAGCUUUCCGCAACUCUUUCGACACGCCCGCCGCCAUGCAAAUCAUCUCUAGAAUUGUUCGGGAUGCCAACAUCUACAUGGGUGAAACUAACGAUUUGCGCACGGUGGAGACCGUCGGUCGGUGGGUAACCAAGAUCGUCGGAAUUCUCGGUCUCGACGCCGGCGCACAGCCGCCGUAUGAGGGUCUCGGCUGGUCGGCUGCCACCGCAAAUGCCAAUGUCGACCCCCAGACUGCCGUUCAACCUUUUGCUGCGGUUUUCGACAACGUCGUUGGAGAAGUUAGAACAUUUGGUCUGUCUGAGUCUUCGGUCGAAGCUCUCCUGAACCAGUCCCCAGCAACCGAAUUUUCCGAGUUGGAAAAGAAUGGCGAGCGCAAUGCGGAAACCCUCGCUAUGCCUUACGUCCGUGCAGUGUCUCGCCUCCGUGACGAGCUCCGUCGUCUCCUCUCAUCCGGUACCCUCGAGCCGAAGACCAAAUCCGCCAUUAUUGCGCUCGCCGAUCGUAUCCGUGAUUUCGACCUCACAGACCUUGGCGUCCAGCUUGAUGACCAGAGUGACCGACCCAGUCUGAUCAAGUUCGUCCCGGCCUCGAAACUCAUCGCGGCCCGUAACGAGCGAGCUGCUUUGCUGGCCGAGAAGGCCAACCAGAAGGAGAAGGCCCGUCUUGCCCGCGAGAAAGCCGAAGCCGAGAAAUGGGAAAAGGCCAAGCUUCCAGCCCAGGAUCUCUUCAAGAACGACCCCAAGUACAAGGAAUGGGAUGCUGACGGACUCCCGACCAAGCUGGCCGAUGGCAGCGAAGUCCCCAAGAGCCAGUCCAAGAAGUUGAAGAAGGAAUGGGAUCGACAGAAGAAGCUGAACGACGAGUAUGCUGCCAAGUUCGGAGCUGCAGCUUAGGAAGUCUUGAACUUGAUGUUCGGUUAUCACUAUUGUUACUCCCUGGCAUUGGCUCGAUGCUAGCCCUCUCAUCAGGUUCUACCUCGCUGGCUAAACGGAGAUGGCCCGAAGUGGCGCCCGUUCGCCGUCGCAAACUGCGUCUCUAGAUCUACCUCAUCGAAAAGACUCCGUGCUUAGUUUUGUAGAUCGCCGCGAGUUGAAAGAUAUAUACCUUAAAAAGCGCAUUCGGGGGUUUUUUUGGGCAGUUUACCAUAGACCUUAUCACAAGAAGCAGUUGUUAAUGCUUUCAAUGGAUUUAGCAUUGCUCCUCGACCUCCUUUGUAUGAUAACUUGGAUAGGCUUGCUACACCUAAUCAAGCAUUCUGAAUGGCCUUUGUUUUCUUCAAGGCUCUACCAUAUUCUUGUUUGAGCGACCAAUGCCUUAUAUUGAAACCCAAGAGAUAAGGCCAUCCAAUGACCAACACGACUGUAUCCAACCAAAUGUCUUUCGUUCCGGCACUAUCUUGGGGCCUCAGUACUCCCCUAUACGUUUGAACACGCUCAUACUGGCUGCCUGGCAUAUUCUGUUAGCGACUUCAAAAACAGGAAUUAAUAUCUGAGUUAUACCCUGUAGUUAGGCAGGGUCACACCGUCACACUGUCACCCC